GCGGCAGUUUCGGGGCGGAGUUGAAAAAAUUCUUGGAGAAAUUUUUCAUUAAGAAUUAGCUACUUUUGCAUUCCGUUUUUAAAUAGGCAUUUUUUUCACCAAAAAGCUGAAACUCUAUUGCAACGCUGGAGAUUGUAACGUCUGAGCAGGCCGUGGCCGCUAUACCGCCGCGCGGCGCUAGUGUGUUCCCCACGAAGGCCGAGCGAGAAGCAGUCAGAAUUAAGAGUGGCGCGAGAGGAAAUCCAUCUCGCGUGGGUGAAGCGCAUUACUUGGCGAGCAAGGCGGACGUUUUUUUAAAAGCUCUAGAUCCUAACCCAAGAAGAAGGAAGUGCUGGCAGUGUGGCGCUCGGUAAGGACCGACCUGAGAGCGUGCGUUGCAAAUUCCGUCUUUUUAAAUGUGAGACGAGUUUAGGGAAGACAGAUAAGAAAAAGAGGCGAGGUGCAAUUUUAGGAGUAGCUACUUCUGGAGCAGCUGUGCAGCAGAACACAAGGAGAAAAAAAAAUGAAGGGGUUCGCAGCUCUUGCUGUGCUGUCAGCCGGUGCUGAUGGCAUGCAACUCAAGGUACGAUCUAAUUUUUCUGUUCGAUACUAUUCGAGCCCAGCUCCUCGAAAACAUCAUUUACGUGAUGCCGGAAGUACGUAACAAAAACGCGUCGAAGAACCUGCUCGGGAGAUGAAAUUUCUUACGGCAUCUAGAUGCGUGAUCGCGAAUCUAAAGAAAAAACCAAAAACAGGACCAGACCAAGGGGCAAAGCGUGCUGUCGCUUUUGCGGAAAGAGUUGAAAGCAGAGGUAAAGAAGGAAGUUGCCCUGGAGUCAAAAAAGUUUGUCAAAGAUUGGCACCCCAAAAUGGCCUUCGUGCAGUACAAGCGCCAGGAUUGCACGAACGGUCUCCACGGCAUCAAGGUCGAGUUUCCCUGCUUGACCGAGUUUGCGAAGAAGGACAUGCAGGAGCAGGGUAGUUAUGUCACUUGAACAUAUGUUUUCUUGUAGGUUUUCGAAGAUGCCAGUUAUGGACUGAAGUAGGGAGGACUGUUGUCUUUCAUGAUUUAGUUGCGCGUUGUAGCAUAUUACCGCGCUACCUUAGGAAAAAUCUCACUGCAGGUGUAACUGAGACGAACAUCCUGGCUCACUACGACACAUAUCACAAGCAAGCUUUCUUCACCGUCCAGAAGCGGGCUGUAGAUAUGCUCGACGCUCCUAUAUCAUGCGAUCUUGCUUGUAUUUUUCGCUUUCUCAUUCAGCGAUCACGAACUAAGCACGAAUUUAACGAGGCUGUGCAGGGUGGAACUGAAAUUUGCAGUCUGCUUUUUUGGGCGAAGGUGAGGAAUUUGCUGUGAUACGAAUUCUGUCACCGAUUACAUGCCACCGGGGCGCACAGAGGCUUGCCGGUGGGGUAAGCCGAAAAUGCAUGCAGUUAUGACGAAGGCAGAGUACGGUAUGUGACUGUGUCGGAGAUUCUUGCAUGCAGCGAAAUCCGCGUUGACCUACUGGUCCUUAGUGUGUCCACUCAUUCCGGAGGCAUACUCACUAUCAAGAUACACCACUUUUUGUGAAUUAGAAGUGGAUUUUGACGCGUGCGAGCUCAGUGCCGCGUGCUGCGUCAAAGCCAGUAGUGCCGACACUUUUGCACCGGAUACUGGAGCCGGUUCGACCAUGCUGCAAUUGGACCUCGCGGCCGAGAUGUGCUCGAAAAACAAGGUAACAAAAGUUUCAGUGUUUCUGAGGUAAUGUUUACUACCACGUAGCACCACCCCGACUCCACCUCCAUGCAACAAAAAGUGAUUACUCAAUAUAAUUUCUUUGAAACGACUUCAGGAUUGCGGCGGCUUCGUGCAUUUCAAUGAAGACCUACCAGAUACAGAGUUUCCGUGUGGAAAUGAAAUCAAGUAUGCAUCCAUCGUGACAGAGCAAGACUUGUUCACAAGCGCGACACGCAUUAAAUUGCGCCUAUUAAUACUAAUAUGUUUAUGCCGGUUUCCCGCGAGCAGGAGCUUCAUUCGCGCGGCUUAUUUGAGAAUUUGCAACACUUAUUUGGGAGCUUUAAUUUCACGUCUUGUUGUACACAGCGGGUGCGUGUUUUUUCAGCAUAUCCUGUCCGCUGGGUUGGAUAUCAAGAUCCGUUCGGACACGAGCAGCGGCGCAAACGUGGCUGCGGCCACGGCCGAGAAUCCUGCCGUCACGUACGUCAAGCACAAUACAACGGUGAGUAAGUAAGUGCUUCUUUCUUCAAUUAUAAAUCUAAAUCGUGGCCUAGAUGAAUCCUACUUAGUUCCGACGAGAACUGACGAAUCCUUGUGUAGUUUUUGGUGGGAAGCCUGGUGAUUUAGCCGCGCAUCUGCUCCCGUUGACGGCCGUUUUCCAGCCUGCCGGGCACUGCGCACGAUGCCCGAGUCGGCAAAACAUAGCGCCGGGAUGCGGGAAAAGCGACGCAAGCCCCGAGACGUAAAGCGUCGGUCCGCGAGCCGGCGGGCAUUAUUUCUUCUUCGCGGCCCGGUCCUACUAUAUGUAUAUGCCGCUUGCUGCGCUGUAUUCGCGAGGACUGCGUGGAAUGCACUCUGCUAGGGCGCGGGAAAGAAGAAGCGCCAAAAGCAAGCCGCGGAAAACGUGCUCAGGCCGCAGACAAAGCAACUCGCGGCGCGGCCCAAAUCGGCGCGGCUUUGCUAGUACGGCAACGCCACAAAGGCCCGGGCGCGCAUGCCCGCUCGACCCUAUGGUAAAGGGCAUUGGCGGUCUUUUUGUGCCGCCCAGUAUGCCAGCCUAAGCUAUUGGAGGGGCCUAACCGCGCCCCCGCAGCGCGCGGACCAUGUAAGACGCAAGUGCCGGUGGGCUUUCCUUCCAUCUCAUGCGAGAGGACCAUUUUUUCAGCGACCCAAGAUGUACAACUGUGUUGCGAAGUCUUCACUCCAGCGAAAAUGACCUACCAUAGCCCUUGAAUUAUUAGUGAACCCAUUCAAUCUACUCAGGCCAAGCCGGGUGACGUCGUGUUCCUCAUGAGUUCUUCCGACUGCUCCAAAAUUUUGUUCGACCCGACUAACACCACGGUAUCGAUGACCGCGGACCAGUGCAAAGACUUGGCAGACCCCGCCAAAACGAACCCCCCGAAGACUUGCAAAACUGGCUGCGUGCGGGCGUCGCACUGCAAGGAGGAUGCGAAGGAGAACACCUACAUCUAUCCUGAGUAAAAAUGUCCCCACUCCAGAGUCAAGAUGGGGAUUUUGCAACACAAACCUUAAAGUUUUGGGAGCGACGCAUGACAAGGUGCAGGCUGUAGUGUAAUGCAGUUUAGCAAGGGAAUCCGCAUAACAAAUCCAUCUCCUUAUCCUGUUCACAGCAUUACAAGUCACAAAACACGAUGAGAAAUGCCUCUCAUGAGGAUGCGCAUUACAAAUGCUCUUGUGCUUGCGGAUCUGCAUGACAACUCUGGGGUCCUGUGGCCAUGGUACAAUGGGGGGCCAAAGUGUGUCGCAUUUUGUUUAGCAUGACAACUCUGGGGUGGGGACGUUUUUGCUCAGGAUAACAUCAAGAAGCGCAUCAUCAUGGCGGACUUCGGAUCCCAGACCGAGGACUACUUGACAGCCGCGGACAUGUACGAGGGCCAGACCACGAGCACGAGCACGACCACGGCGGCGGGGCGCUAAACCACUUGCGAGACGACGAUCUUCUUACAAUCACAGGAAAGUUCUGAGCAUUUUUGAUCGUCGACAGACACCUAUUUUAAUCAGAAGUCGGAUUGUGGUUUGUCAGGUCUGCUAUUUAAUAUCGUCUCUCCAUCAAUGCACCGCCCUGAUAACAAAACUGGAACUGCGUGUACGGAUGGCUGAACCACUGUGCAAGAUUUGCACUAGGUCUACAGUAAUAUUUUUACUGAAAUUACUUUUACCAUACGUGUAAGAUGCUGAAAAAUAAGUCGAUCCGAUUCAACUUCAGAUACUAUAGCACGUCUUUGUUGCAGAGAUUGUACUAACGUUCACAUGAUUAUUAUCCAAGAUUUAUGGUAUGAACCUGACAAGAUAGAAACAUGACCCAUGCAAAAGCAGGGAAAGUAAUUUGUUGGUGAUUGAGGAAAUGCAUAAUAAUAAUUAAUUUUCGUUUUUUGUGCCCCGCGAAGGUGGUGGCUGAAAAAUGAAUCGAUAUUCAUGAGAAAUAGAACGCGCACAGUGCACGAAGAUCUGCCUUUGUGCAGGAGACGAGGACUUUCCUGGUCUGAAGCGGCGUUGUGCGUUCGUUUUGAGCCUUUGCG